AUGCCGCACAUGAAUCGCGAGAAACUCAACUCCAUCGUCUAUCCAACCCCGAAUCUCCAAUGUCCACCGCACGGUUACCGCACACACGUGCUCUCCGCAAGUCCCUUAGUGCUCUACCUCGAAGAUUUUCUGAGUCCCACCGAAGUCCACGAGCUCGUCCAGCUCAGCAACCCCUCCUACCAACCCUCCACGCUGUUCACCUCGUCCCGGGAGUCCCACGACCCGACCAUCCGACUCUCCGAGAAGUCCCUCUUGCCACGCAGCAACACCGUCCGUUGCAUCGAAGCCCGCGCCCUCGCGCUCCAAGGCUGGCCGCAGGAUACCUUCAUCGAGCGGCUCUGGACACAGAGAUACAACGUCUCGGGGCAUUAUAAAUUGCAUUAUGACUGGGGCGCCGCCAGUCCGAAGGCGAGACGGGCGAGUAGCUUCAUGGUGUAUUUAUCUGGUGGUCGAGACGAGGGAGAAGCGGGCGAGGAGAAAUUGGAGGGCGAGGAGGCAUCGCAGGAGAGGCGAGAGUGGUGCGAUUUCAUCUCUUGUCCCGCUUCGUCUUCGUCCUCGUCAUCUUCAGCCUCUGCUUCGGAUUCGAACGAUGGCGUGACGUUCCUUCCUAUGGCCGGCAACGCCGUUUUCUGGCAGAACUUCGAUGCAGCGGGUCGCGGGCACAAGGAGACGCUGCAUGCGGGACUGCCGGUGACGAAAGGACAGAAAAUUGGAUUGAAUAUUUGGAGUUGGUAUCAGGCAGGGCAUCGGGCGCCGGAGGAAGGGCCUACCACAUCGCUGGCACUCGAACAAGCGGUCCCAACCACUGAAACUGAGGUGCCCUAG